GUUGGAAGAACUUCCUGGUUUAUUCAUUGCAGAAUUAUGGGUGAGCUCACUCCCCUGGUUGAGACGUAACACCACAUGUUGAUUGGAUAAGGAACUGAGCCUCCAGCAGGUUUCUGCUGUCAUCCUUGUUUCCUGGGGAACUCCAAUGUAUCCUUUCUAUUUGUCUAUUUCACUGCCCUUCAUAUAACAAGGAUGUUGCCCAAGACAAGACUCUUUGUAUUCAGGUGCACUCACAUCAACCUGCUGCUAAUGAUGAGCAAGCUCUGCAGUGGAAUAGAUGUUCUUAGAAGCAAUUUCCUCACAUAAGCCCAGUUUAAUGGAAAGCAAUGUUGUCUGAACACUUCUUUUCACUGCAAACAUAUCAAGACCAUUUUAAACAUCUGCCCUCUUCAUCAGUCUAGAUUGAUAGUGAUUUCAGGUGGACUCUCUCACAGCUCCAUCUGUCCUGGUGGUGUGAUAAUACUGAAAUGAAGCUCGCUGAUCAUUUGACCCAUUGCAUUUAAUAAUUCUGCACAAUAAACUGGAGCUGCAACAACUACAAAGCACCAAAACGCAUGACUGCACAUAUUUUCUGUAAAUAAAAUCAAGAUUUAUUUUAAAAUAUAUGCUUAUGAUUUAAAUAAUGUUGCCAUCUGCUUUAUUUGAUAUGCAAAGGCAAGAGUGUGGAAUGUUUCGGUGCAUCAAUGUUAGGUUUGGAGACGAUUUUACCGAAGAAUGAUGCCUUUUGUGGCAAAGGGGAAAAACAAAAAAAUUUUUCCUGGCUGCAUCCUGCUUCAAUGUUCUCCUUCAGGGACAUCUUGUUCGCCUGAAUGGAGGGCAGGACUCAGUAGUUCCCGCAAUACACCGCCAUAAAUCCGUGGCAGUGGAGAGAAGAGCUGCAGUGAGUGCAGCCUUCAGUCACUGCUGACGUCGCGUCUCUUUAACGGAGGGCUUCUCAGGACGGGGAGGGGAUGAACGGGUUCAAUGAGUUCAUUCCCGUAUAGCAGGUCGGCUGUUCCCGGUUCCCCGAGUUAACGAGAGGCUGCGGCACAAACCGCUGGUGAAACAUGGAACCAGUCCGCAUAGGAGGCCGGAUACAUGAUGUUUAUCCUGGACACUAACUAGAUGAGUUGGAUGCUUUAAAGCAAGCAGCCAUUUUCAGGUGAACCUGUGCUCUUCCAGUCAGCUGUAUAUGUUGGGAAUGGAGAUACCGCCUUGUCCUGAGCAGGCUGCUGCUACUGGAAUAUAAAUGAUGAUGAUGAUGGCUGAUGGCUGUUGCAGGGGAAUGGAAAGAAGCAGGGAUAAGAUCCCGUCCGACUCUCUGUCAAGACAUGCAUAUCCGCAGCAGUACCUCCAGACUGGAGCACCGCAGCAGGGAAAUGACAUCCAGGAAUUGGCCUCAAAACGCGUUGACAUCCAGAAGAAACGCUUCUAUCUGGACGUGAAGCAGAGUGUGCGCGGUCGCUUCCUGAAAAUAGCCGAGGUAUGGAUCGGGAGAGGACGUCAUGAUAACAUCAGGAAGAGCAAGCUGACCCUGUCCAUGUCAAUGGCUCCGGCUCUGCGCUACUGCCUGGGAGACUUCAUCGACUAUUACGCCCGAAUCGGACUGCGGGGGAGCCUGGCCCAGACUCCCCAGCUGGCAGAAGAACACGGCAACAACGGACAGUCCCGCAGAAAAGCGCGGGAGCAGCAUGUCUCUCCCACCGGCUCGGUGGGCUCAAAUGAUCAUGCCCAUCGUGUUCUGAAGAGCGAAUUCAUUGAGAGAGACAACAGGAAGUACUUUCUGGACCUCAAGGAGAACCAGAGAGGUAGGUUUCUCCGCAUACGGCAGACCGUCAUUAAAGGCCACGGCACCAUGGGCUACUACGGUCAGGGUAUCGAGCAGACCAUCGUGCUGCCCGCCCAGGGGCUAAUCGAGUUCAGAGACGCCCUGUCCCAGCUUAUCGAGGACUACGGGGAUGAAGAGGACAACGAGCCCGGUAGAGUGGGCUCCAGGAGUCGCGUCGAUAACCCUGAGCUUCCGGAGGCGGCGUCCUUCCGGGUGGACAACAAACGCUUUUACUUUGAUGUGGGCUCGAACCGCUACGGGGUUUUCCUAAAAAUAAGCGAAGUGCGCCAGCCGUACAGGAACACCAUCACGGUCCCGUUAAAAGCCUGGGCUCGGUUCGGAGAGAACUUCAUAAGGUACGAGGAGGAGAUGCGGAGGAUCUUCUCGUGCCACAAGGAGAAGAGAACAGAAGGUCGACAGGACAGCGUGGAGCACGAGGACUGACCUCUGCCCCCUCCAGAGACAUGGCCCGACCUUCUCCAUAUGCCAUGUACUCUGACAACAAGUGGGCUGAUGUGCCAAGGGCUGGUAAACUCUUACAUCUACCCUGCCAAGAAGUGAUCCAUUCAUAGCCUUAUAGCAACACCUGAUUCAUCUACAGUGCUGCUGAUGCACUUUAACCAGGAGCAGCCCAGGCCUGUGUGGACAUUUUAACCCACCUUUGCCUUUAAAAUGUAAAAAUGCACUCUCUGCACAAUAGGUUGUUAAUCAAAAAACAAGUAACAGUGCUGUGAUGUUGCUGGUAAUAGAUAAGGUUUUGACUUGAACAUUAUUAAUGUUGGCCCCCUAAACAUUGUAACUAUGUGUCAAGCAGAAGUGCAGAGAACUGUAAACUGCAACAGCAUCCGUAUAAAGUGACAAAAUAUCAUUUAAAUAUAUAUUUAACUCAAAGCGAAAGUUGAGGUGAGGUCUCUGCCUAAAGAAUUUGCUAUCCUUAUGGUUAGGGCCUUCGGUAGUUCUAGAAGUGCAAUAAAUACCUGGUAAUGCUUGCAGCCUCACUGACUUAGGGAAAUGUAAGGUGUAGUAAGCUGUAGGUGUUGACCCAGUGGAAUACUAUAUUUAUAAUUGCCCCCAAUAACCUUUGGGAAGAGAAACAUUCGUGCACCGAUGCAUGCUGCUGGUGAAAUGGUAAUGCUGGUGUUGUGACUUGUUUUCUGAUGUAGACUGUAGUCCUUCAGUUUACUUAUGUUUCAGCCUAGCAUGAAGUGUCCACAUGCACAACAGAAUCCUGGAUUUGACCUUGUUUCUCCUUAGAUCAUAUUCAGGUUCUAGUAUUCUUAUGAAACGUUAUCAGUGAAAACUGUGAUCAGGUCUUUACCCUCUUCAGUAUCUUCAUUACUAUUAAAGUACUGCAGGGUGUGUUAUCUAGAUUACGGAAAGCAGAAUUAAGUUUUCAACAUUAAGUAACCGCAACAGUCCCAUUAUACAACGAUUCUUGUGUGCAUGUAGACUCAGUCCCUUGCUGCUAUGUGCACAGGCAGUUUGUCAUUUAUCGUAAUAUGGCACACAGGCACAGUAGAUGUUAGCAGGUCUGACUGUAGAUGUUAGCGCUUGGUCAGUUUAGAGACAACUUUUGUAGCAAUGCAGACCUGCAGACCAAUCUAACAUGGGCAGAAAAACUGACCAGAUAUGAUACCUUGCUACAUGCAAAAUAUAUUGGUGGAUAGACUUGCUGCUCAUCGUCAUGAUAAAAGAAAGGAAACUGUACUCUCAACUGUCCAGAGUGGUUUUUAAUGGGCCAAAUCAUCACUGCAGGUGUUGCUGAAAGCACCAGCAGUGUGCAAUUGAGGCACAACUAAUCUAAAACCGAUGCCUGAGUAGUUUUCCUGCUGGAAGUUUAUAGAGCACAUGUCAGGAACUGGUCCAGUGUUGUCUUUGGAUGAUACUUGUCUGAUCGAACUCUGUGUUACUGAGCAAAGCCAAAUUCAUAUAUUAGUAUCUGAGACACUUUUUUGCCUUGAAGCCUAAAGCUCUCAAACAAAAAUGAAUUACUUAAAAAUGUGUUGAAUGUGGAUCAUUAUGUUCAAAAAAUGUAUCUUUAAAAAUAAAAAUGUUCUGAAAAGAGAUGAAAUUUCAAAAGAAAGAUGCAACAUAAGCAGCUAUAUAUAUAGACUUUAUAGGUCUGAAAAAAUAUUCACCAUACCAUGAAUCCUCCAGCCUGAACUGUUAAUACCAGGCAGGCUGGAUCAGGCAUUUAUGUCAACUUUUAACCCUACCAUCUGAAGGUAGCAGGUGAAAUCCAGACUAAUCUGACCAAGCAAUGUUUUUCCAACCUGUUAUUGUCCAGUUUUGGUAAGCCUGUGAGAAUUGUAACUUCAGUUUCCUGUUCUUAGCUGACUGGAGUGGCACCUGGUGUGGUCUUCUGCUGCUGCAGCCUAUCUGCUUCAAGUCUUGUUAUUUCAGAAAUAGUAUUCUACAUACUUUGGAUGUAACGAGUGGUGAUUUAAGCUGCUGUCGCUUUUCUGUCAUCAUAAAACUAAUCUAUCCAUUCUAAUCUGACAUCAAGAAGGCAUUUCAUGUACACUACUGCUGCUCACUGAAUAUUUCUUCUUUUUCUGAUGGUUCAAUGUAAAUCCAGCGGAUGGUUAUAUGGAAAAUCCCAGUAGCUAAGGCAUUUCUGAAAUGCUCAGACCAGCCCGUGGGGCACCGACAACCAUGUCACUUACGUCUCUUUUCUUCCCCAUUCUGAUGCUUGUUUUGACUUCAAGUCAACUUAACACCAUCUAAAUGCUAUGAGUUGCUGCCAUGUGAUUGGCUGAGUCACUGUUUAUAUUAAGCCUUUAAACGGGUGUAAAAUGAGGUGAGUGAUGUUUUGCAGAAGGAAAAAUGAAAGUGGUUUUGUCAUAACAUCAAGCUCUUUUUCAUCUAGUGGACUAGGUUAAACUUUUCUGUGUAGUCUUUCUUGCUGUUGUGUUAUUAAAGCACUUGUAGGGUUUUUUUUUUCACCUAACUGGUUUCAGCAGUAAACCAGGGCUGGAGCUUGAGCCAGUUCUUAACGGGUGCUAUAAAAACGCAGCAAAGAACUUGACUGGUAGAAAGAGAGCCGCAUCAGAACAAUGUCAUUAUGUCACUGAAAACAACUCUUCCGAUAAAUGUUUAUUCCACAGUUGGAUUUUGUGGAAUCUGUGAUCUUUGAAAAGAUUAGCAUUCUGACUUUGGGUCUCUCCAGUUGAUUUUCUUUCCAGCUCUGAAAAUGGAAAUUCUGACUGCAGAGUACUGUAAAUAUGGGACCUGUUCAGGGUGCAUCCUGCCUCUCCCCCAAUGACCUCUGGAGAAGGGUACCAGCGCCUCUGUGACCCUGCAAAGAUGGGUGGAAUGCACUAACAGUCCUGGCAGACAUUUGGAAAAUGAUUGAUAUUUAGAUGCAACAAUACAAACAGAAUUUACGCAGGACAUUUUAACCCCAAUUUAUCAAUGGGAGCUGGGAAUAGUAAUUAAAACCCAACAAUGUUCCUGAAUGGAGGGCAAAAUGGUGUUAAAAAUGUGACUGCUAAAUAGCUCUGUGCAGGACAUUGGCCUAAUUUCACUUCUUGUAGGCAGAGGUUGAAGAGAGAAGAGACACUGAGCUUGUGUGCUGUUCCAGGCUAAUCCAAGUAUUUUUAUAGUUGAAGGUCAGUGUUUAAUUGUUUGGGGCUUAAAUGAAACAGGUCCACAGCAGAAUAAACGUAGGAGUUUUAAACAUCAUUUUAUUAGCUUGUUGGUCUCCACAAACCCACCCACGUUCCUGAAAAAAGUCUCCUUUCCUCUGGCCCAGCAGUUUUUGGAGUUAGUGUCGGAGAUCUCAUUGAUGGAAACAAGAACUGGUACUAUGCAAGCACUGGCAGUGAUUUUGCUCUGGAACCAGUUGGGCGGAAGGAACACAGUUACUGUUAACAUUUUGGCUCACCUGUUUGGACCAGUCAAAAUGUCUACUGAGCAAAAGGUCUGUUGAUGUAGCUCAGUCUGGCAUAGCCAACAAACUGGUGUCUUAGUUGGGCUUUUCAUUUUAGAGAUGAUGAUGUUUUUAUUGGUCUUGUUCUUGUUGACGCCUUCAGUCAAUAAAAACUAAGAGUUAAUUUAUGUUUGCUGUGGUUAUAGGAGAGUCUGGUGAAGACUGUUAACUUUAAGUCAGUGACAUGUUUUCAUUUUUUUAUAUAUAGAGAGAGAUAACAUAUAUAUAAAUGAAUAAACAAAAUACUAUGUAUAAUUCAAAGCACAAUUUAUUUUAGAAAUUAGAGACUAAUUUUCCCAAAUAAGUUCUUGUCUAAACUAAGAUUUAGUAUAGGGAGUAUAUCGUCGGAGUCACACCCGUAAUACAGGCCCAUAAUAUGUAUGUGUACAUCGGAAACUUUCACUACAUUUUAUAUACGAAUAGCCACAUUGGAUUCUGCACUCUGGGUUGCUCUGCAAGCGUUGUUAUUUUUCCAACUGGGAACAUGGAAAAUCUGACUUCCAAGGAAAAGGGAAACGCACAGUAUUAAAGUCUUGUAAAGGCAGGAUGGUCAUCGAUUUGGUAAAACAAUUGCUACAGAGAGCACUUUAUACAAAACCUGGACUUUUGUUGAAAUGAUUUCUUGCAUUCAUAUUUCUGAUUUUAGUAUAAAAUGACAAUCAUUGAUCACAGCGUCUAUAAGCUGCUCUAAAAAAUCCCAUAAUGGUCUGCUUCUUUAUUUUUACUGCUUCAUUUAGGUGGCAGUCUGGACUCAGGGGUGAAUCUAAAGGGGGGCAAGGGGGGCAACUGCACCCUGUUGUUCUGUACUUAAAAUACUUGUAAUUACUAAUCGCUUGUUUGUCCAAAAGCCUCUUACAGUCUUCAAAUUAAACAUUAAUUUACCAAACAUAUAUAAGUAUAGAUAUAAUCUGAGGUCGCUGAAAAACUUACGUAACUUACUUAGUUACGGCCCUGCAUUAAAAACUGUCUGCCUACCGCCCCGCAGCCGCACUUGCGUGUCUCUCAGGCACAUUAAGGAGGCGUUCUUUCUGCAGCCCAGCAGAGGGGAGCAACUGAGCUGUUCAAGUUUCUGCAGCUAAAGUCAGUUUGUCCAGGUGAUGUUUUAACACAACCGUAAAGGCAACUUAAGUUUGCAAUGAAUAAAAUGUCAGCUGAAGUGACCGACGUUGACUGUGUAAUAUGUUUAUUAAUCAUUUGAUGACAAUGACUCACUCGUGUGAUUUCUAAGAAUGUUAGCAUAUUUCCCUUGUAAGUUUAGCUUACAAUGAGCAUGAUAACAGUUAAUGAAAAGUUUAUCUAUGAAAACAUUUUUUGCAUUUGAUUGUUUUAAGGGCUGUAGUUUGACUGAUGGCUCUAUAUGAUCAAUAUUACGGUAAUGAGGCACAAUUAAACCACGUUACAUCAUUUCGGUCAGAUUGGGAAAAUAAUUAAUUGGCCGCCAUGAGAAUAAGAUUUUUAAAUAUCAAUGCUGGUGCGACCUGUGUCAAUGUGAUCAUUUCUGGUUUCAUAUUGUAGACUUCUUGUGGUAAUAAAUGGGCUUUUCUUAAAUAUUAAUGCUUGCACAUUGCAGAUCACAAUGAAAAAGGAAAUUUAAAGUGGAGAGAUUUCCAGUUUCUUUGGCAAAUAAUGAGGGAUGAGAAAGAAGAAGAGAAUGUGAGAUUUGGGGAAGAAAGAAGGAUGGAGAGACAAGGAGGGUCACAGGUAAAGGAGGCCACUGAAAGUGGUGAAGGUGAGAAGAUUUCAGAGUCAGAGAGAAAGAAGACAAUGCAGAGGAAACUGAUGAAGGAGAUGAGGAAGGAACAGAGUCAGGGAAUCCAGCCUAUCCAGCUGGACCACCUGAUCAAUGAACUUCAAUGAAGAGGGCCAGCAUUGCCAACCUGUCUAGACCUUUUGCGCCUCCUUUUCUCCUGCAUGUAAAUUUUUCAAGAUCCGCCACUGCCUGGACUUAAAAUAUAUAGAUGCAUGUUUGUAUUUAAUACAUAAUACACAUUAUCAGCUAGAGCUUAAGGGACUUUAGAAUUAAAAUAAAAGGAGCCCAUCUUUUACAGCCAUGACAUUAUGACCCCUGACCGGUAAAGUGGAAAGUGGUGAUCAUUGUGGAUGGAACCCUUCUGUGGCUUGAAGUAUUUAGGGGGACAUACAAGGGCACAUUGUGUCUUUGGAAAUGUUGGAAGCAGAAAAAAUGAGCAACUAUAAGGAUUUGAGUGACCUGGACAGGUCCCCCACUGUGAUUGUUUUAUACCUGGGUCACUGCAUCCCUACAACAUUAGACCAGUGUUCUUGCAGCCAGAGUUAUUAGCAGCCAAGAGUCAUUGCUAUGCAUGGUUACAGAAGGCUGGCCUGGGUUGUUUGACAGAGGUAAGGAUACUCUGAUCCAGUUCUUUGGGUUCUGAUAGGAUGCCUUUACCUAAAUUUAAAUAUUUGAUUAAACUGACCAAACAAGAACCCCUAACCUAAAUAUGUAACACCGUUUUAAGUCAUGAUACUGUAUAAACUAAUAUUAGUUUCCCAAACAGUCACUGUCAGUUAUAUUGUCAGCUUUUACAAUCAUUAUUCAUAUUUUAAACAUUGGAACUUGUUCUUGUCAUCUGUCUAAAUAAAUAACAACAGUGUAAGUACUAGGAAGUCAAAUUCUAUAUUGUUUCUGCUGAUUAAAAAAGGUCCAUGCAAAACCACUGGUGCUGAUCUUUUUGGUGGACUAAAAGUGGAUUUUGGACCCUGAACCACAGAUAUGCUGUUUCUAGUUGUGACACCUUAAACCUCUUUCUAAAUGCAUCUCUGCUUGCUUUGAUUCUUUUGUUCUUUACUUUUAGGAGGCUGAAACAUUUUAAAAAUAGCCAAAGGCAAAAGGAAAAGAGUUCUCAUCAAUAUCCGAGUUCUCAUAUAUAUAUUUGUCACAUCUAGAAUGAAAAUUUCCCAGAAAAAAACUUCAACCUGACAAAGUGUUUGUGUUCAUGUGCGGUUGUGCAGGUAGAGUGAUGUGAAUGUAGGCGUACUGAAGAAGACUUUCUGCUUGUUUUGUUGUAUUAUGCCUUUGGUGGUAAACUGGAAAAUUUAAAGAUAUAGAUGUUUGGUUUCCUUAAAAAAAUCAACUGAAACAAAUAAGAUGAAAAGGUAUACAUUUAGAUAAAUGUACACUGGUGUGUUCUGUAGUCCUGUAAACUAAGACUUCUGAAACAAGGAAAUGUACUCUAGCACUUUCUUUAAUGUGUACUGUAUUCAUUUCAAAUUUACGUGUAAAGUACUGUAUGAAUAGUCAUUACUUGCCUUGUGACAUUUUAAGCAAUGCUACAUUUAUAGAAGGAUAUCUAAGAACAUGAUUUUAGAGUGUAUGCAUGCUAGUGGUUGGGUGCUAUUGUAAAAGGAUGACUAUGAAAAAUGGUGCUAUGUAAUAAUGGUGCUUCUAUGGACCCCAGCCGAGUGCAUGCACAGAGGAUCUAUUAAAGUAUGGGAAAAACGAGAAAAUGUCCUAUUGCUGUUCUCAAGUAGUGCUGCUUCCCAAAGAUGUUGCAAUGUUAGAAAAAAUCCAACAUUCUCUUAAAGUGCAACGACCCUUCAACUCUGGCUUACAGUCGAGACAUCUGAGAGUGUGUCAAAGUUCUCUGCAAACAUGAACACUGUGUUUUUCUGUUUCUUAUUCUUUAAACAUGUUCAUAGUUGUGUCAGCAAGGAGCAUUUUACGAACGUAGAGAAAGUUUGUGUUGUACAGAUUCUUUCUUUUUUUUUCUGGGCCUCUUUAGUGAAAGCCAUGGCAGACAGGCACUUCAAAGCUCAUAUGAAACGCAUGCUAUUUUUGAAACCUAUAGCAAGGGACAAAUAACUUCUAGCAUUGCUAAAAGUAAAGUAUGCCUCUGAUUGCCAUUCUAAACCUCCCCUACUCUCAGCAAAGCUAGAACCGGGAUUAGCUCCCCCCUGGUCUAAGCCUCUCAACAUUAGUAAGUACUGUUAACCAAGAGUAUCUAAAACUUUAGGGGCAGCCAGUUAUGAAGUGCCAAAAUCUGUCAUGUCUAAUAACAGAUGAAUAAGAUCCACAGACAAUCUGAUUACAUCAUUUUGUACACUUCAUCCUUUCAAAGUUCAUGUGAAUAAAAUGAUUUAUUUUAUGUAGCACAAUUCCAUUAUUGCAGUGUUUAAAAAGUCAAACAUGUUGGAGCUUGGAAAACUUUGUGUUGAUUAUUGCUGUAACUCGUUUGAAAGAUGAAAAUGUGUAUGUUUGUUAGCUGUAAUGAUCAGUGCUCCUUUUCUGUUUCUCAGUAAUUAAAUGGUAUCCAGGAUUAUCUCUACUGGUGCCACAAUAC